GGCGCUGCAGUGAUGGAGGAAAAGCCCCCGUGGGCUGUGUGUGUGGGGAGCCACCGCUCCGGAGGGGAGUGUUCAGCCCUUCCUGGUGGGAGACUUGGGGACGAGUGAAGAAGGGACAGGGAAACUGGAGGGCGUUCCCGGGGGUUCCCUUACAGAUGCUUCUCCUAUGCUGUCCCGGUGGCGGCUGUGGCGCGGCUCGUGCACACUCUGCAGACAGGCGGUUAGAAAUUAGGCGUCCUCACUUCCGGAUCAGCCAAGGGGUGCAGAGAGAAGUAGGGGUCACGCCUCCCCCGCACCCGGAAAGGCGUUGAGAGUCUCCUCCUCCUCCCUACUCCAGAUACCCGAUGGAUUUUCUCAAACCAACUGCAGACUGUCCAGAUGCUGUGCCUUCCCCCGCUGAAACAGGGGGAACGAAUUAUCUGGCCCCUGGGGGGCUUUCAGAUUCCCAACUUCUCCUGGAGCCUGGGGAUCGGUCACACUGGUGCGUGGUGGCAUACUGGGAGGAGAAGACGCGCGUGGGGCGGCUCUACUGCGUCCAGGAGCCCUCCCUGGACAUCUUCUAUGAUCUACCUCAGGGGAACGGCUUUUGCCUCGGACAGCUCAAUUCGGACAACAAGAGUCAGCUGGUGCAGAAAGUGCGGAGCAAAAUCGGCUGCGGCAUCCAGCUCACGCGGGAGGUGGACGGCGUGUGGGUGUACAACCGCAGCAGCUACCCCAUCUUCAUCAAGUCGGCCACACUGGACAACCCGGACUCCAGGACGCUGCUGGUGCACAAAGUGUUCCCCGGCUUCUCCAUCAAGGCCUUCGACUACGAGAAGGCGUACAGCCUGCAGCGGCCCAACGACCACGAGUUCAUGCAGCAGCCGUGGACUGGCUUCACCGUGCAGAUCAGCUUCGUGAAGGGCUGGGGCCAGUGCUACACCCGCCAGUUCAUCAGCAGCUGCCCAUGCUGGCUGGAGGUCAUCUUCAACAGCCGGUAGCCGCGCGCUGGCGGGCGAGGACAGAGCGAGCCGGGCGGGCCCAGUCCAAACUACUUUGCUGCUAAUAUUUUCCUCCGAGUGCUUGCUUUUCAUGCAAAAGUCUUUGGUCAUUGUUCCUUUUUUUUUUUUCUCCCUCUCCUUCUUGUCAUCCUUGUUUAUGUUCCGUUUUGUCUUGUUCUUUGAGAAAUAGCUUAUGAAAAGAAUUGUUGGGGUCUUUUAAUUGGGGGGGAUCGUACGGUUGGCAAGACACCCCCAUGUGAAAAGGGGAAGCAAAAAUCAGUCCCCCUGAACACAGUGUAUGAAUGGGGAGCAGCCCCUAACUCGGGGGGUCAUCGUUUCACUUGUCAGGGUGGGCAUGUGAACGGGUGUGUGCGUGUGUGUUUGUGCGCGCGCACACCCGCGAGCUCUGUGCUCCCAGCUGUGUCUCCCUUGCCCUCUGGACAUGCUCAGUGAGGCAGAGACUGCACCCGGGCAGCCUGAGCCCAAUGUCUCAGCAGUUGCCAGAAGCAAGGCUCUGCCCUCAGCCAGGGAAGCCCCCGCCCCCCCCUCCCCUUCUAAGGACCCAGGCCUGUCACUAGGCUUCCUAGAAACAACGUUGUGCAAGAGGCUGACCCAGAAUCGUUCUCGAGUUUGUCUUAACUCCCCUCCAGCCACCCUGCUGCCAUUGUCUUCCCUCUGUGGCACCUGCUCCCGGAUGUGUCUGAGCUACAGUAUUGCUCACCCGGUGCCCUCUCGGGCCCUCAGCCUCUCCCCUGCCCCGGACCCCUCAGGUUUUACCCGGACUCAGAAAAUCAGCUCAGCACUCGGCUCUCCUGCGGCCUGUGUUGAGCUCUGCUGUUAGACCAGCGAGGGGAGCAGCCCGCUUCCCACCAAGGAUUCGGUCCAUCAUAACCCAAGGUACCGUCCUGGACUGACACCUAACUCUUCUUUCGUUUCUUCUCCAACUCAUACACUCGUAUGAUGUGUUGACACUGCUCUUAGCUCAAUGAGCAUGUUUAGACUUUAACAUAAGCUAUUUUUCUAACUACAAAGGUUUAAGUGAACAAGAGAAGCAUUCUCAUUGGAAAUUUAGCAUUGUAGUGCUUUUGAGAGAAAGGACUCCUGGAAAAAAAAAAGAAACAAAAAACACACACAAAACCCUGAGAUUUAUUAAAGAAAAAAUGUAUUUUAUGUUAUAUAUAAAUAUAUUAUUACUUGUAAAUAUAAAGACGUUUUAUAAGCAUCAUUAUUUAUGUAUUGUGCAAUGUGUAUAAACAAGAAAAAUAAAGAAAAGAUGCACUUUGCUUUAAUAUAAAUGCAAAUAACAAAUGCCAAAUUAAAAAAAGAUAAACACAAGAUUGGUGUUUUUUUCUAUGGGUGUUAUCACCUGGCUGAAUGUUUUUCUAAAGGAGUUUAUGUUCCAUUAAACAAUUUUUAAAAUGUAUACUUGA